UAAAUCUAAAGGUUUAUUCUUCAAGUCGUUGUUCCAACCAAUCCCUGCAACCGUACGAGAAGCUGAGGUAAUCAUAUUCCAUCAUCAUGGAUAGCAGCAGCAGCAGUAUAUUUAUCAAUCAAGAGAAUGCAUCCACGCUUAAAAUGUACCUUUGUGCGCUUCUGUACUUGUUACCAGGAUUUACAGGAGGAGCAGCAAUAUCAUAUUCAGCUGCAGCUCUGCCCUUCUACACAGAUUCAUCAAAUAACUCUACUAUUCAGAUGACAGAAUCAGAAGCUUCUUGGUUUGUGAGUUUGGGUGCACCAAUGCAGAUGCUGGGCAACUUUUUGUCAGGAUUUGUAAUGGAGAGGCUGGGUAGAAAGAGAACAAUCAUUUUUAGUUGUGUUCUUGUCCUCGUUGCUUCAACUAUACUAUCCUUUGCUACAAAAUAUGAGGUUCUGUUGGUGGGAUGUUUCUUGUGUGGCACUGCCGUUGGUCUUGUCAGGCCUGCAAUCAGUCUUGUUAUCUCAGAAAUAACACUAAUUCGGUUAAGAGGAUCAAUGGGGAGUUUGAUGACCCUCACACCAAAUGGUGGAUAUCUCUAUGGAAUUAUGUUUAGCAGUAUUGUUCCAGUUCAUAUUCUACCCUGGAUUCUUGUUUUACCAAGCAUCAUUUUCCUUGUCUUCUCCUGGUACGUUGUGGAAUCUCCAAUAUGGUUGAUGACAAAGGGAAGAACAACAGAGGCCAGAGAGGUGAUUGCCUGGCUAAGAGGACCUCAGUAUCAUCUUGAACCUGAAGCUAAGGAACUGGAGAACCUGGCAUGUGAACAACUAGGAGAUCAACCUGUGAGUAGGGAUCCUAUUCUUAGCAGAGCUUUUCUAUUUCCACUCUUCAUUCUUAGCUCCCUAUUCUUCUUCCAUGCACUAGUGGGUGGUGAUGAUAUAUCAUUCUAUGCAUUGACAGUAUUUGAUUAUCCAGGAGUAGCAAUCAGCCCGACCUUGAUGGCCAUGCUUUUUCAAACUUCCUUUACAGUUGGAUGCCUAAUAGCUCCGAUCAUAAUGCGAAAAAUAAACCGGCGCCCUCAGUUCAUUGCAGGCUCCAUAAUCCUUGGAUCCCUCAGUGCAAUUAUUGGAUUUUACUAUCAGUUCCAUUUUUACAAUAUUUCCUCGAUCCUAGCAUACUCACCUGUGUUCUUGCAUCUAGCCUUUGGUUUCGCCUAUGGUACCUUGUUUGGACCUAUACCUGUCACCUUGUCAAGCGAAAUGUUUCCUCAACACUUUAGAUCCUUGGGCUGUGGCAUCUCUAACUCUACAAGAUAUGUCUCACAGUUCAUUCAACUCAAAACCUACGUUAUGCUAAAGGAAUCGCUAGGCAUGAGUGGUGUAUACUAUAUUCACUGUGUGGUAGCAGUAUCUGCAGCAGCCUUUGCUUUUUUCCUUCUCCCAGAGACAAGAAAUAAAACCUAUACAGAGUUAGAGGAGAUGUUUAAGAAGAGUUCACCACCAGAUCUUGAAAAUGUUAAAUCUCCAAAUCCUAAAUUAGAAUUUCAAAUGUUUAUCUGUGCAUUUCUGUAUCUACUCCCAGGGUUUACUGGAGGAGCAGCAAUUUCCUACUUUGCUGCUGCUCUUCCCUACUACAUGGAGCCUUCGAAUAAUUCUACUAUUCAGAUGACAGAAUCAGAAGCUUCCUGGUUCGUGAGUUUGGGUUCUCCAAUGCAGAUGCUUGGUAAUCUUCUCAGUGGAUUCAUUAUGGAACGGUUUGGAAGGAAGAGAACUAUAAUGAUUGGUAGUUUACUUGUCAUCUUAUCUUCUGCUCUGCUUUCAUUUGCUCCUUCAUAUGAGGUACUUUUGGUUGGAAGCUUUCUAUGUGGAACUGCAGUUGGUCUUGUUAGCCCUGCAAUAAGUUUAAUCCUCUCUGAGAUAACAUUAAUAAGAUUGAGAGGUCCAAUGGGAAGUUUGAUGAAUCUAACACCAUGUGUGGGGUAUUUGUAUGGGUUUGUGCUUAGUAGUAUUGUUCCCAUUCAUAUUCUACCCUGGAUCCUUGUUUUACCAAGCAUCAUUUUCCUUACCUUCUUGUGGUAUGUGGUGGAAUCUCCAAUAUGGUUGAUGACAAAGGGAAGAACAACGGAGGCCAGAGAGGUGAUUGCCUGGCUAAGAGGACCUCAGUAUCAUCUUGAACCUGAAGCUAAGGAACUGGAGAACCUGGCAUGUGAACAACUAGGAGAUCAACCUGUGAGUAGGGAUCCUAUUCUUAGCAGAGCUUUCCUAUUUCCACUCUUCAUUCUUAGCUCCCUAUUCUUCUUUCAUGCACUGGUGGGUGGUGAUGAUAUAUCUUGCUACGCAUUAACAGUGUUUGAUUAUCCUGGGGUAGACAUCACUCCAAUCUUAAUGGCAAUGCUAUUUCAAAUGUCCUUUACAGUCGGAUCCUUUAUAGCACCCAUAGUUAUGGGAAAAAUGAACCGGCGAUCUCAGUUCAUUUCAGGAGCCAUCCUCAUAUCAUUGUGCAGCACAAUCAUAGGAUUUUAUUACCAGUUUCAUCUCUACAACAUAUCUUCAGUCUUAGCAUAUACUCCAGUACUACUGCAUUUGGCUUUUGGUGUCUCCUAUGGUGCUCUUUUUGGACCAAUUCCUGUCACUCUGUCAAGUGAGAUAUUUCCUCAACACUUUAGAUCCUUGGGCUGCGGAAUCUCUAACUCAACUCGGUUUAUCUCACAGUUCAUUCAACUCAAGAGCUUUCUAUUAAUUAAAGAAUCGCUGGGAAUGGCUGGUGUUUAUUAUAUUCACUGUGCAGUGUCUGUGACAGCAGCAGCCUUUGCUUUCUUCCUUCUUCCAGAGACAAGAAAUAAAACCUACACAGAGUUAGAGGAGAUGUUUAAGAAGAGUUCACCACCAGAUCUUGAAAAUGUGAAAUAUCGAAAUCCAAAAUUAGAAUUUAAAAUGUCUGAAUGAUUUUGAUACAAUAAAAUAACUAAAAAUAUAGAAA